CGCGAGAGCCGGGGCCGCCGUGGGGGAGCCGGAAGGGGGCCGCGGGCGGCUCCGGGGCGGCGGCGGCCUCCUCUCAGGUAUCCCCGCCCCGGGCCGCAGCGCAGCGUAGGCGCCUUGUUGCGUUUCAGCCGGCGGAGGGUGUCGCGGCGGGGCGGGGGCCGUGCGGUUGCGCCCCCGCCCCCCCCCCCCCCCCCGGCCGUGCCCGCAGCGCCUCCUCUCUCUCUCUCUCCCUGCCCCCCGCCUCCCUGUGCAGUCGGGGGCCCGGCGGGGAAGAGCCGCACCCACGACCCGGCUCCCGGCCAUGGCCUCCUCCGGACGCGCCGCGGAGCUGCGGGGCGAGCCCGGGGCGGAGCGCUGAGCCCCCCGCCCGGUGCUUCCGGUCGCCGCCGCCGCCGCCGCCGCCACUUCCGGUCCCGCGGGCUCGGCCGCUGCGGCUGCCGCUGGAGCUCCGCCCGAGUCGGGGGUCGCCAUGGAGCCCAGCGGGGUGGACAUGCCCGUGACCCUCGUCAUUAAGGCUCCGAACCAGAAGUACCGAGACCAGACCGUUAGCUGCUGCUUGAACUGGACGGUGGGGAGGCUCAAGUCGCACCUGUCCGCCGUGUACCCGAGCCGACCGUUGACAAAGGAUCAGAGAUUGGUGUAUUCGGGCAGGCUGCUUCCUGAUCAUCUGCAGCUGAAAGACAUUCUCAGAAAACAAGAUGACUAUCAUAUGGUUCAUCUAGUAUGUACAUCUCGGACUCCUCCUAGUUCUCCAAAAUCCAGCACCAGUAGAGAAAACAAUGAAGCACUGCCAUCCAGCAGCAAUUCUAGUUCAGAUCAGUCAACUCCAACAACUCCAUCAUCUGGCCAAGAAACCUUGUCUUUAGCUCCUCCCAGUUCUUCCUCAGAAGGACUGAGACAUCGCGUCCUGCCACCAGCACAGACCGACCCAGCACAGCACCCUUCGUUUCCUUAUGUAAUGCAAGGAAAUGUCGAUAACCAGCUUCCUGGGCAAGCGGUUCCUGCUGGAUUCCCAGUGUACCCUGCGUUCAGCCCGCUGCAGAUGCUGUGGUGGCAGCAGAUGUAUGCUCAUCAGUAUUAUAUGCAAUAUCAAGCUGCAGUUUCAGCUCAGGCCACAUCAAGUGCCAGCCCAGCCCAGCCUGCCGCUUCACAGCCUCUGCGUUUGGCCCAUGUUCCCGGAGAAGAACCACCACCAGCUCCGGAUCUGGUGGUGCAGGAAAACCGGGCCCUGAAUGAGAAUGUUCAGAUGAACGCGCAGGGAGGCCCGGUGCUGAAUGAAGAGGACUUCAAUCGAGACUGGCUGGACUGGAUGUACACUUUCUCGCGGGCUGCAAUUCUGCUCAGCAUUGUGUACUUCUACUCGUCCUUCAGCCGCUUCAUCAUGGUAAUGGGAGCCAUGCUCCUGGUUUAUCUACAUCAAGCUGGAUGGUUUCCUUUUAGGCAGGAAAGAGGUCAGCAGCAGGCUCCCAACAAUAAUGCCGAAGUUAACAAUGACGGCCACAACGCAAACAACUUAGAACUUGAAGAAAUGGAGCGUCUCAUGGAUGAUGGACUUGAAGAAGAGAGUGGAGAGGAUGCGGGUGAAGACGCCAGCGCUGUCCAGAGGCCUGGGCUCAUGGCGUCAGUGUGGGCUUUCAUCACCACCUUCUUUACUUCACUGAUACCAGAGGGGCCGCCCCCGGUUGCCAAUUAGACCUGGAAAACUGUGCCAGCUGCAAAUGGGGGAGGGGGGCUGACUUUAGGAAAGUGUCUAAAUAACAGUGCAAUCUCAAAAGAAUUUAUUACUUUCUUUUCAUCAUCAUGUACAGAGGUGUUUUUUUUUUUUCUUUAAGCUUCUUAUACAUAUGAAUAUUUUAAGCACAAAUGGACUACUAAAUGUGUGAUUUUUUUUUUUUUUUAAUUCUAACAGGACACAGUAUAACAAUUUUGGUCUUCCAUAAUUUUUCUUAAUUUCAAUUAUGUAUAGUAUACCAAGACUGAUUUGUACGUCUCAUUUCCUUAAAGAGCUGCUUCAUAUAUAAAUGUGUAUAGCCAAUAGCCUAGCCCUUAAAUGUGUGAUUUGAGAGUUGUGUGUGUCCACCCCCCCCCCCCCCCAGAGCACCGCUGUUCAGCUCUGGCUUAUGGUGGGUGCUGGGGAUUGAACCUGGAAUCUCAGAGCCUCAGGCAUGAGAAUCUGUGUGCAUAUUCAUUAUGCUAUCUCUCCCACCCUUAAAUGUGUAAUUUGAAUGAAUAAAUAAAUCUAUUUUCUGUGAAUUCUGUUGAAAAUUUUAAACAGAAUGACCUCAUAGUUUUUAGUAAAGUAUAUUACUUACCUAAUAUAUGCUAGUAGCAUCUUGCCCUGCCGUGAAGCAAUAAAUUUCUCAGUAAUCCUAAUUUUGACAUUUUAGUAAAUAUCCCACUAAUUGGAAUUAGUACCUUAGCAAAAAGAAGGCAGCUCUGCAAUGGAAUUAACAGUAGUACAGGAAGUCUGAUACAGCAGUACUUUUAUAAAUAAGAUAUGCUGGAAAUCACUCCCUGUAAUUUUUUAAUAAAGGUCAAUUAUGGUAAA